AUGCACUUCAUAUUUUCCUUGCUCUUUCUUCCGUUGGUUUAUACAUCCUAUGGUGUUCAAUCAGAGGCAAGGCAAAGAAAUGAGGCUGAAAUUUUAAAGGACAUAUAUGAAAGAGUAGAUGAUUUAUGGAAUGUAUAUGGUAGCAGAUAUUCCUUUCUAAAUAAUGCUGACAAGGUGAUUUAUGCUACCUGUAAUCUGCAACCAAAUCCUCUACUGAAUGCAACUGAGCCUAAAAUCACCGGAAAAAUCCUGUUUAAGCAGACCUAUCCGCAAGGGAAACUGGAGGCAUACUUUGCUAUACAAGGAUUUCCUCUGAAUCCAAGUGAAUCCACAAGAGCCAUUCACAUCCAUGCCUUUGGUGACUUCAGUAAUGGCUGUAACUCUGCUGGAGGACACUACAAUCCAUAUUCUGUAAAUCACCCCUAUCAUCUUGGGGAUUUUGGCAAUUUCCACAUCCAGAAUGGAGAGAUCCAGCAACACCUCACUAAUCUUAAAUCUAGCCUGUUUGGCCCAGUCUCUGUUAUGGGUAGAUCAGUUGUUGUACACAAGCAUAUUGAUGACCUUGGCAAAGGCAAUAAUCAGGCCAGUCUGGAAAAUGGAAAUUCUGGACCACGUCUAGCUUGUUGUGUGAUUGGGUUCACCGAUAAUGCCAACUGGGAUAAGUUGAUGCCAGGGUCUGAUGGUAAAUAG